AUGAGGUUACUAGACGUGAAAGCUGUUCUCGACCGCGAAAAGGAUAUCCAACAGACGGUUUCCGACCGUGAAGUCCUCAAGGAUCUUGAUGACGAGACCACAAGUUAUGCCAUACUGUCACAUCGUUGGGGAAUCGAGGUCAGGUACGAAGAGAUGAUUGGGCUCACGAAGAUGGAGGAGCGAACGAGAGAUGAAGUAAGGCAACGCGAUGGCUAUCAAAAGAUCACCAGGAGCUGUGAACAAGCUCUGAAGGACGGCUACAAGUGGAUGUGGAUCGAUACCUGCUGCAUCGACAAGCGGAGUAGUUCAGAACUUUCGGAAGCCAUCAAUUCGAUGUAUCGGUGGUACCAAAAUGCCCAGGUGUGCUAUGCGUACCUGAACGACGUUGACAAACCAGGCGUCCCUAGCGAGCGAGACCGCCACAAGUUUGACAAAUCCGACGGUUGGCCAGAGUGGUUCAUGCGGGGGUGGACACUGCAGGAGCUCAUCGCACCAAAGAAAGUCGAAUUCUUCAACAAGGACUGGGUCCCUAUUGGCAACAAACGACGCCUGGCACCUGUGUUGAAGGAAAUCACAGGAAUUCCAUAUGAAGUUUUGAGGGGUGGCCUGGGUGCAAAGCGUCUUAGUGUGGCACAAAUCAUGUCCUGGGCAGCCGACCGGAAGACGACACGCGUGGAAGAUCGGGCAUACUCAUUGAUGGGGUUGUUCGGUGUGAACAUGCCCAUGUUAUAUGGAGAGGGUAAAAAGGCGUUUCGACGUCUACAACUGGAAAUCAUCCGGGAAUCCAGCGACCAAAGCAUAUUUGCAUGGAAU